GGAAGAAAUAGAGGGAGAUAGUAAUAUUUGUAAUACUUAUGAAGUAUGCUUUAAUUUGUAAUAUUUAUGAACUAUGCUUUAAUUUGUAAUAUUUAUGAACUAUGCUACAAUUUGUAAUAUUUAUGAACUAUGCUAUAAUUUGUAAUAUUUGUGAACUAUGUUAUAAUUUGUAAUAUUUAUGAACUAUGCAGCAAUUUGUGAUAUCUUUAUGCAGAUAUGGCGGCUCGAUCGUUGCUCGAUCCACUUAUUGAUCAGAAACAUCGUGCAUCGCACUUCGAGGCUGACCCGCAGAGCAUGGAGCCACUGCAGACCCGUACUCCAAAGAAGAACUGGAUGAUACACCCUCAGUGGGAAGACAGGUUGAAGUGGGCUGGACUACUACCUUUCGCUCGAUUAGUGGAGGCCCGAGAGAACAUUUCGCGUCUGAACUACGAUGCUGCUUUGAUCACCUGCUUAGUGGAUCGAUGGAGGCCCGAGACUCACACCUUCCACUUUCGCUGGGGUGAGAUGGCUCCUACUCUACAGGACGUGUCUAUGUUGCUGGGCCUUCCGUUGGCUGGUGAGCCCAUCGGCCCAUUGGAGGAACCCGUGGGAUGGAUGCACAGCAUGGAUGCACGUUUCGUUGGUGUUCGCGAGGGCGUUGGGCCUAUCUCUUUUGAGGCUCACGGCCCUCGUCAGGCGUGGCUACACGAGUUCCAGAUCGAGCAGUUCGGAUACCCCGAUGUACCGAUGACUGCGGCCCAGAUCACUCGCAGCUUGGAGGCGUACCUCAUGUGGCUACUCGGGAAGACGAUGUUCACGGACAAUCACGGGAAUACGAUCAGUGCGCGGUACAUCCCUAUAGCUCGGGAGAUAGCGAGAGGCCACCGAGCGCAGCACAUCAUUCGUGAGGGGAGGCUGGGGUUACUGCGGUCUUAG